CAUGAUCUGUUUACGAGGAGCAGCUGUCGAAGUUGGAACCUGGAAAAAGAAGUGAGAAAAAUGGCAAACAUAGGGCAAAAUAUCGAAUCGUGGAAGGGCAAGCUUGACAAAGCAUUGCAUGAACAGCAUGCUCUUUCAGAUGUUCUUGCCAAAGUUGAAGCCAAAACUGGUGUAAGACGUCUGUAUAUUGCUUUGGGUCUGAUUGCAUUUCUUGCCCUUUACUUGAUGAUCGGGUAUGGGUCACAGUUCCUGUGUAAUUUCAUCGGCUUUCUCUAUCCUGCAUAUGCCUCGGUUAAGGCGAUUGAAUCAAAAGGUAAAGAUGAUGAUACCCAGUGGCUGACCUACUGGGUCGUCUACAGUGCCUUCAGCUUAGUUGAGACUGUUACUGACAUUUUCCUCUUCUGGAUCCCCUUCUACUCCUUUUUCAAGUGCGGUUUCCUUGUCUAUUGCAUGGUGCCUACCUCCUGGAACGGCUCAAUCUUCAUCUACUAUCGUCUCAUUCGUCCGUUCGUCCUCAAGCAUCAGGACCAAGUCGAUAAGGCGUUGAACCAGGCAACAGAAAUCGCUGGCGAUGCCCUCAAUGAAGUUUUGCGUGCUGCCAAAAUGCAGACCCAGAAAGCUCAAGAUGUGGCGAGUGAUGCCGCGAGUGAAGUCAUCAGCGAAGCUGUCAAGAGGAACAUUGCUGACUCAUCUAAAACCGAUUAAACGGUGAAACUACGACGUGUUUUAUAUUGGUUGGACAAUAACAAUAAUAUCAAUCGUAUUUGGGCGCAUCAUGUUUACACGGUGGAUUUGGGAUCCAGAUAUGGACGCUUCUUAGUUAAAUCAUGGUGGUCCAACUUGUCAAGAGGUGUUUUGGUGGUUUGUGAUCAUUUAUUGGUGUCUGCUGCUGAAACUGGGCCUAAUUAUUUGGCCAAACUAAUUGUUGUAGUACUGCUAAGAUGGUCCUCAGGAAGGACACCACUGUUUAACUAAGAGCUCUAUGGAUGCAUGUGUACAUAACUGAACCUUGGCAGUAAUAACAAUAAGGUUUUUAAACUCUUUGAUAGUGCUUGUUUGGAAUGAAUGAUAUCCUGGUUUCACAGAAAUCAUACUGUUUUCAAAGAGCUGCUACAAAGUGAUCAUUUGAGGUCGACCAGUCGGGGCGACUCGGUCGGGAGACAAACGCACAUCCUCUCAACUGUGAGGCCAAUAUCUUCCAUGAUACUACCGCUGCAGUAUUGAACUAAAGCUCUCCAAAAGGAUGUAAAUACGAGGUGCUUUUUAAUCAAAGUAUGAACCUGUACGGUCUGACUGACUGCAGUCGCUCGGAGCAAUUGGGCUUGCGUUGGCUCAAUCCAGAUAAAUCCGCCUGAUAAUCUGCAGCCUUGAUGAUGCGCCUAAAUACGGUUUCUAUUUGCAUUGACUAUUGUGGUGUUCUCAAAGAAUCUGGCAUAUAUGACAUGGUGUGAAGGGAAUGAGUCUUUUGCUGCCUUCAAGUAUUAUAUUCAAUAUGGGUAGGCCCCUAGUCUAACUUGCAUUCUUUCAUUUUCUGCAAUAUCUGCUUUAGACAGAAGCCUUUUGCAGUUAUCGAUAAUUCUUGUUUUAUGAACUACUUAUCAUCGUGAGAUCUUAGCCAGCAUAACCUUCCUUCAAGCGUCCAAGGACGGCCACUGGGAAGACACUCUUGUGUUUUAUUGCAGUCGUAAAUUGUUCAAAUCGGUGAAGGUUAUGAGCUGGACACUUCUCAAACAUAUUGUUGAUCUGUAUUUUGUAAAAACAACAUGAAUUCUCCAAGAGUGCAUUGUUUUGCCCCAUACAAAUGUUUUAUGUGGGGUGUAGAGAGAAUAGUAUGACUUGUGUGUGUCCCGUCCUGUGUGUCCCUCUCGCAUUGUUUCUGUCGGUGAUCUUGUUCUUAUCUCAGCCAAUUAAAGGUCUUCAUGUAGAUGUUAGUUUUUGAAUUGUUGAAAUCAGAGUUUAACUUCUUGUUCACAGAUGGUACGUAGGUGCCCAAGUUGCAUUAUAAAGGUGGCCGUGUCCUGCACCAAUUCAUAAUGUGCAGACGUGUUGUUUACAGUCAUUUUCAAGUUAAGAUUGUGUAAUCGGUUUAGGAUUUGUCAAGUCUAAAUGGGCCUUAUUCAUAUGAAAUAACUAGUCGUACUCAAUGAAUUUCGAAUGAAUGCCAUAUUUUUUAGAAGUGAUAUGAGGGAUCUUUUUCCUAUUAUAAAUAAUUCUGUGUCGGAAAGGAAUCUAAGUUAUUAUGAAAGUUACUGCAUGUGUAUUUUCAUCAGAUCCACUUUUGAAUUUAGUGUCAAGUUAUUCUUGGUUUAAAGACAAAUAUCUGUCUCUCUAGUGCAGCUUUGAUCAUCGCAAAACUUGGCCCUGUGCCUCGGGCUGGGUAUAUAUUCGAUUCAUGCUGUCCCUUGGCCCUGAACAUGGGGUGACUUGUCACGAGGAUGUUUGUUGACUGACUCCGGCUUGAAAACAUGUCGUGGCACAAAGUGGCAACGUGAAUCACAGCCCACUCUCUGGAAAUGACUUGCUUGUUCUUCAUGUCACAAAUGACAAGUGAAAAGUGACAUGUUACAUGGACCUUAUAUAAUCCAGCCUAAUAUGCAUUGUCAUAUUCAUCACGCUUGUAGAAAUUGACUAAGCUUCUCUACACUCAUUGAGCGUUACCUCACAUGUAAUACAACCUGAAACGUAUAGUGUAUACUUUAUCUGAUCUGUGACACCAUCUUGGGGUCUCCACAUUUUAGAUGAUUGAUCCCCAAUACCCUUGUGAAAACCCAGUGAUAAGGGCCUACAUACUCCGCUGCACAAAACCCAAGUAUUAAGGAUAAUCCACAUACAAUCUGCAGUGGAAUCAUUGCAAGUGGCUGUACACUGCAGACCUUGCAAGUGGCUGUACACUGCAGACCUUGCAAGUGGCUGUACACUGCAGACCUUGCAAGUGGCUCUACACUGCAGACCUUGCAAGUGGCUCUACACUGCAGACCUUGCAAGUGGCUCUACACUGCAGACCUUGCUACCUUUUGUAAGCAAAGAGCAGAUGCCCUUUUUAAAUGAAGCUCAAAAUCGUUGUAAGUACAUGUACUAUCUCAGGCAAAGUGAAAUUAAGAUUAAGCUGUGAUGUUAAAAAGUAAGCAAACUUUUACAGAUUUUAGAACCACCCGACAGUCUGAUGUUGAACCACGCGGCAUCUUGAUUUUUUUCGUGACAUGUUGACAGUUGUUAAAUCCUCACACUUCCAUUUGUUGUAACCAGUUGUCACAGAUUUUCUAUAAAAUGUUAUGUAACCAUACACUCUGUACAUGUUACGUGUCUAUCUAUGCAUGUGUUGCAUUCAAUGGGCCCAAUUACGAGGCAAAUAAAACACAUUUUUAGUCCAAA